CCUAGCGGUCUUGCACGCAGCACCUGACUCCGGACAAAAUGAAGCCUCGAAGCAUUCGCUGCAUGAAGUUCUUUUUGACCCUCUUCAACAUCGUUGUUAUUCUAUUCGGACUAAUCCUAAUGGCGAUAUGCGUGAUGAACAUGCGUGAGAAGAAGUCCAGGCCGGACCAGCAGUCUACACUGUCGAAGGGAGUACUGUCCUUCCUCCUGACCCUGAGCUUGUGCCUCGUGGUGACAGCCAUACUAGGCUGCAUUGGCGCUGUGAGAGAGCAUGUGAAGAUUCUUUAUGUGCACGCGUGCUUCUUCAUGUUCCUGGUAUCGGUGGAGGUGGUGGUGGGAGUGGGAGGAGCGGUUCUCAGCGCCUGGGUGGGAGGGAGUAGCGAGCUUAGAGUACAGUUCUACAAGAACGCUACCGUGGAAGACGAACCUUCAGGACAUUACGAUUUCUGGGACAGCUUGCAAUCUGAGCACCAAUGCUGCGGUGUUGAUGGGCCGCAGGACUACGCUAUCCUCAACCGUGACAUCCCAGCAUCCUGCUGCUCCCGGGCCCAUCCCUUAAGAGAAGGGGGAGCUAGGAGACACCUGCAUGCGACCUGCCUCUCCGAAAAAACCUACUAUGCUAGAGGAUGCGAAGAAGUGCUGCGGCAGAAGAAAGCCACGAAAGGAAAUAUAUUUAUCGUCACAGGAGUUGUUUUUGCUUUACUAGAGAUACUCUGUAUCGUCGUAGCAUUAUGGAUGGCGCGUACUAUACGAGUGGAACGCAGGAAACUUCAACAAAAUUUACAAGCGCACUUUGAGACUUAAAAUGUAUAUUAAAGGCAUCGAUCUGGCUGCUGAUAUUAUCAAGAUCAACUGUAUGCAGCAGUGGCUAAAGGUGAAAUUUUCCAAAAGGGAACCCGAUACAACAUGUACAACAUAUACGACAUAUAGGUAUACAUGAAUGUUGACUGCAAAUCAUUCUCAUGAUAAUUAAAUUUUAAUAAAGGGACGCCGACAGAAAUCGGGUUAUAUGGACCCUUCACCACUGGCAUGCAGUCGUAUCAAUGUCCUGCAGUCUGAAAAAAUAGCUAUCGUAGUUGUAGUCUGUAUGAAGCGCGCGGAAAUAACUUCGGUCCAAGCAUGCAAGCAGAUCAAAAUGACAAUGACGUGGUAUUGUUUUUAAAUCUAACUACAAUUGUUGCAAUUGGUCAUGUCCACCGCAGGCAGUCAGUAAUAACAGUCCUACAGGAUUGAAAUAUAGUAUUUUUUGCAACCAAUAAACACGAAAGCAACGUAGAUAAAAUAGAAGUGGAACGCACAGUAUUAAAUAAUUAGAUUUUCAAAUGUUUUUAAAAUAGAUUUUUGUACAAGGUAAGUGAAUUUAGUCUAAUAUUAAACUAUUUCGUAAUUUUUUGAUUUAUAAUAACAUCUUUUCUAUAAGUAUUAAGAAGAGCGUGUGUCAAAAAUUAUUCUGAAGCUUUUUUAUUUUUGUGUUCUCUACGCUUUAAAUUUUAAUUAGGUUUUAAUUAUUUAGAGUUUCUUACUCUUUCUUAUACUGUGUUCUAAAUACAUCUUUUCCAUAUAACAUCCGAACUAAACCAAUUUUUUUUUGUUUACUUUUAUACACAUAAUCAACUAUGUGUGCUUUAUUGUACCUGAUUACUAUUAUUUAUUGUUUGUAAUUGAAUAAGUAUUAUACAUUAAUUAGAAAAUGUUAUUAUAACUCUUGUAAUGUAGUUCUAAUUCUAAUUUAAGGCAGUUUUUGAAAUUUACUAUUGGAGUAAGGUUUGCAAUAUUACGAUAAAGAGAUAUGUCGCGUUUUAUGCGAUGAAUUUAUACGAAUAGCUCUUUUAAUUAUAAUCUAGGAUUAAUAGUUACUAAUACGAAAUAAAAGGAUUGUGGAAAUAAAGCCAUUAAAAAUUAGAAAAGAUUGCACUAAAGUAGAGACCAUAUACAUGUCAGAACACGUUUAACUACAUUAGGUUUCAGCACCCAGAAAUAGACAUACCACAGUUUGAAAUACCAAUACAAUAUACAAAAGCAUGUUACAACAUGAUUACAUUAGUUUUUGGCAUCCGUAGUCACAGUUCUCUAUGGAAAAUAGUACUUAUUAUGUAGGCUUAACUUUUUCUUAAAUUCUAAUGCCCUUUAAUCAAUUAAUAGUUAUACUAAUUCAAUUUUAUGUAGGUACUAUUAUUAUCAUUUUUAUAGUACACAUAAAAAUAUCUAAUUAAAAAUAAUAAUUAUUAUAACUAGUAGUUGGUAUGAUGUUCGCUACAUAGUAUUUUAGCAAUACUAGCUUUCAAAUAGUUUUCUUACGCUUUUAAAAAAAUAUUUAUAAAAAACAGCCAUUUAUAUUCCGGAACCUUUGUUUAUUACAAUAUUUAUGAAUUAUUAAUGGUCGUCUUUUAUAAAUCAAGUAAGUAAGCUAUGCCCGUUAUUCAUACGCAGGCUUAGAAGCAAACACUAAAUCAUACUGUGUUUUUGUUAAUUAAAAAAUUAAAUAUCAACUAAAAACAUUAAAAGGAAUAAAAAAUCUAAUAAGAAGUCCUACCAAUUUAAGUAAAAAAGAAAUGCUUUGAUAACUUCAUGAAAAUUCAUAAAAAAACUAAACAGAUACUCACUAGGUGCACAGUUUGAUUACGAAUAUUAAGUAAACAAAAUGACAUACUUAUUGAAUUUGAUGUGAUUUUAUUAUUUAUUAAUGUAUGUUCGACAUUUAUUUUUAUGUUAACAUGCCAGCUUAGGAUUCCCGCCAUUUUGAAAAUCACACGACUAUUUGAAUUCCUCAAUAAACAUAUGAAAUAACAAAUACUUAGUCAUGGCAAACUUAAUAUUGUUAAAAAUGAUUUCAUUUAUAUCUAAAAUUAUAAGUAAUUUGCUUGAAUUGUUUAAUAAUGUCCAGAAACUGCACUUGAAAUUAGUAAAACACUUUAUUAUUUGUUUGUAAUAAACAGAUGUUACAACACUUCGCAGCAAUUAUCUUUGGCCAUCAAGUGAAACGCAUAACAUGUGCUGCCCUAAAAAGUUAAUUACAUACUUAAUUCAAGAUGGCCGAAUCCAUUGGUCAUUCAGACUUUUUUACGAAUUGCAUAACAGUGGCAUCUUGUUUAAUCAAUCUGAUGUACAAAAAUGCUUUAUAAAAAGAUAGCUGUUAAAGAAUAAUGAGUAAGUAAUAAAAAUGAUGUAACUGAUUUUUUUAUAUCUGUGGUGUACAAAGGCGGCCAUUUUGAAAAUUAUCGUUUAUGCUGAACAUAGAUAUAGUUAUUAUUAUAUUUUAUUUAAGGUAAGUAAUCCAUGUAGAACUUUGUAAGUAGGUAUAAUUGAUUAGCAUCUGUAGCUGUGCACGAGAAAAAUGAUUUUAAUUGGAAGCCAACUUUUUAUACGGAUGGCACAAAUUUCUAUAAUAAUUUGAUAUAUUUUAACUCAUUUAUCUGAUAUUAAUAUAAGAUUCUAGCUGCAACCUGUGAUAAUAAAAGUAGUUAUGUUAUUUCAAACAGCUGAAGGCUGAUGCCAAUUGGGACCAAAAUAUUUUUGUUGUAUUUUUUUUCUGAAAUUCACUUUACGUAGACAAAUUCGGUGUCUGUCGUAAAUAGGUAAGUCGCAAAACAUCAUUUUUAAGGUAGUAUUAUAAUAUGUUUCAGCACUUUCGCCAUGUAGGUGUAGUCAUUAGUUUUUUAUGUAUCACUUCAAAAUAUUAUAUUUAUUGAUAUUUUAGAAGAAAUUUGACGUCAAAAUAAUGUUUUAAUAGUCUUAAAAUAAACUUAUUUACGACUGGCAAGGAUUUAUAGAACGCACAUAUAAGAAUAUAUUUCAUCACUUGGCCGUGAAAUUUGUAGUUUUCUUAAAGUUUAUAUUAAACGCACAAAGGAAUUGUACCUCGUAGAAUAAAUUCAUCACAUUUAAAUAUGACAGAAGCCACGAAUUAAGCAAACAUUUUAAUUGUAUUCUUAGUUAAAUAUAUUUUUGUGUUUUUUUCUUAAAGAUUACCUAUAUUUGCGACAAAAAUAAAGCGUAAAAAGAGGUAGAGACUUAUAAAGUUGUUUUUCUUGUACUUAUAUUAUGAGAGACUCAUUAUUUCAUACGAAAACCCAUUGGUACAAAAAAUGUGUAUAAAAAGGUGACCCUAAUUAUUUUCUUUUUUUAAUUUGAAAUCUUAGCACCUCAUUGAAAAAUCUUGUCGUUAGUGUAGGAUUUAGCUAUUAAAAUCUAGCGCCCAUUAUACAGGGAGUAAUUAAAUAAAAUAUACUGAAAUUACGUACAAAAUAAAGGUAGAAUUUAAAUAUUAGGACUGGUAACACUGAGUUGUUGCUCUGUUUUGUCCAUAUAAAUGAGUAAGACCGGGGUGGUAACUAUAUCAAGAAAGCCCUAAUUUUAAGACUAUAUUUUAUAUCCGUCCGGAUAGCGACUACCGUACACAAGGUAUUAAACCCACCAUAGAGGCCCACGUAACUGUGUUACAUUCCGGGAACAGCCUGUAUAUCUGGUUUCAAAAGGCCGGCAUAAUUGUGUCGACUGUUGAGGGGUAAUCUCUCGUCAGUCGGCAUUCUAUUAGCCCCACUCCACUUACCAUCAGGUACAGUGGGGUCACUUUGUCGGGCACGUAUGAAAAAACUUUGCAAAAUCAGUUCGGUUGACUCACUUUUUGAAGAUACAUAUGGUAAUGGCGGAUAGUGAUCACAUUAUCACACUAUCUGGCGAUAACGUUGUUUAUAUGCCACCUCUAACCACAUUUAAUAUUAAUUUAAAAAUAGUUUACUGUAAGAUACUAAAAUAAGUUAAUACUAAAUUAAUUUGAUAAAUUUUAAUCUAGGAUCACAAUGAUUUUAAUCUGGGACGUGGAAAAAUAAUCACCCUAUAGGUAACUUUUUGAAAAUGUUUCUCAUUGUUAAAGCGUGUUUAAUAAAUAAUAAAUUAAUUUUCAAGAUUGUAAUAGAUUUGCUUUUCGAGUUGAAGGCAAUAUUCACCUGUAUUAAUCUACAUAUAUCACCAUUAUGAAUCACUUGUAGGUGAAUUAUGAUCACCAUUUCGACUUAAAGCAUUAUCUAAUAUCUGUUAGAUUAGCCGUCUGUUUCACAAAUUCUUAGUAAAUGCUACUCGUCACAUAGAGUAAGUAUAAGCCGACUAAAUACAAAAAUCACAGUCUAUGCUCCCAAAUACAUGGUUAUAAAAUGAGUAUUAUGUAAAUUACUUGUUUAGUACGAUAACUAUCAAAUAAACUUGAAACUUGUGAAAUAGGCUCUAAAAGAAAUUCACAUUAGUACUAUUAUCGUCAAUAAAUUUUUUUCCCGUUUUUCAGUACAGCAGGUAUUAAAAAUAAUUGUUUUUUUGGAUUUGCCCGAGUGUUGCUUCAAACAUAAUUAACUCUUUCACAUAUGAAAUACAUUAACAAUUUCCAAAAAACACAGCAUUUGAGAUUAUUUGAUAUAUUCCAAGCCAACACACGAUGUUAAAGAAAGAUCAUUCUUGUAUAUUUUUAUUUCUAAAUCGUAAGUAAUUUCCAAACAGGGCCUAAAAAUAUCAAUAUUUUCAUAUGUUUUUUGGCAGAAUGAUUCCUAUAUAGUUUGAUUUGUUAACAUUAAUUUCUUUUUCAUUUACAACAGAAUUCAAGCAAUGAAAACAUUUUAUUAUUAUUUUAAGAGUAUUUUUGAGGUGCAUGCUAAUUUUAAGUAUUUCUGUACAUUACCGCUGCGAAAGAUAAUAAACGAUAUAGUUUUACUAUAAGUAGCCUCACACUGUUUUGCUAUGUUGCACAAUUGAUUAAAUAGCAACUUUUUGUUGCCGCAAAAUUAAGAACGAACACCAAUAAAGAGAAUUAAAAAGUUGCUGAGUGUGUGUUGCGCCUAACUUGUAUAAAUGUAGAGAAAAUUUACGAAAUCUGGUUAAAAUUUCUAUUUAUAAAAGAACUUGUUUAUUGUAAAACGUAUUGACAAAUAAAGUCACAUGUAGAAGA